AUGAAGUCCCUUCACUUUUCAACGUCUUCAGUUCUUUUUGUUGUUCUUGUCUCAUUAUCAUGGGCAAUCGAUUUAGCUCAUGCCAAUGAGAAUUUUCUUCAGUGCCUUUCGUCUCUUCAUCCCGAGAACUCAUCUUCUAUUUCCAAAGUUAUCUAUACACCAAAUAAUUCUUCAUAUUCUUCUGUUUUAGACUCUUCUAUUCGAAAUUUUAGAUUCAUUACGCCAACCACCCCUAAACCUUUGGUCAUUGUAACACCAUUGAAUGUUUCCCAUAUUCAAUCAACAAUAUAUUGUUCAAGAAAACAUGGGCUCCAAAUUAGAACUCGAAGCGGUGGUCAUGACUUCGAAGGUCUUUCUUAUGUUUCUGAAGUUCCGUUUGUCAUCGUUGAUAUGGUCAAUUUACGAUCAGUUGACAUUGAUAUAGAAAACAAAGUUGCAUGGGUUCAAUCAGGUGCGAUUUUAGGAGAACUGUAUUACAACAUUGUAGAAAAAGGCAACGGUACUCUUGCCUUUCCAGCUGGUCUUUGCCCCACUGUAGGAAUUGGAGGGUACUUGAGUGGAGGAGGUUAUGGCUUAUUGUUUCGAAAAUACGGUCUUGCAAUAGAUAAUGUAAUUGACGCACAGCUUGUUGAUGUUAAAGGGAGAGUUCUUGACAGAAAAGCCAUGGGAGAAGAUCUGUUUUGGGCCAUUAGAGGUGGUGGAGGGGGUAGCUUUGGAAUUGUUGUUGCAUGGAAAGUACAGUUGGUUUCUGUUCCAGCAACAGUGACAGUAUACAUAGUUAGCAAGACCUUGGAACAAAAUGCGACCAAACUUGUUCACCGGUGGCAAUCCGUUGCACCAAAGCUUCCUGAUAACUUUUACUCUGGCAUUACAUUCUCAAGGGUGAAUUCUAGUCAAGAAGGGAAGAUGACGGUUCUAGCUUCCUUUCAUGCCUCCUUUCUUGGUACCAUUGAUGAGCUCAUUCCAUUGAUGCAAGAGAGAUUCCCUGAGCUCGGAUUGGUGAGAGAAGAUUGCACUGAAAUGAGCUGGAUUGAAUCAAUUCUCUACAUGGGACAACUCUCAAAUGAAACCUUAAAUGUUUUACUUGACAGGACCCUCCAAAGUCCUCUUCUGAGUCCUUCCUUCAAAUCAAAAUCUGAUUAUGUGAGGAAACCCAUUCCUGAAAUUGCAUUCCAGGGGAUAUGGUCAAAACUUUUUGAGGAAGAAGCACAUUCCGCAAGUAUAAGUUUUAUUGCUUAUGGAGGCAAAAUGGAUGAAAUUUCAGAUUCUGCAACUCCAUUCCCACACAGAGCUGGUAACCUCUACAAAAUCGUGUAUAACGUGGGCUGGCAAGAACGAGAUAAUAUGAGAUCUCAAAGGUAUAUAAGUUGGAGCAGGAGACUUUACAGUUACAUGGGUUCCUUUGUUUCGAAAUCUCCACGACAAGCUUAUAUUAAUUACAGGGAUCUUGACAUCGGAAUGAACAACGAAGGUUACACAAGCCAUGCACAAGCAAAGGUUUGGGGUAGCAAGUAUUUCAUGAAUAACUUUAAGAAGUUGGUAUAUGUCAAGACAAUGAUUGAUCCAGACAAUUUCUUCAGACAUGAACAAAGUAUUCCUCCUCUUUUUUCAUGAUCAAAGAAAAAAGUCAUUAGAUAUAAGUCGAAAGGGUCGAUAAAUUUUAUUCCAUUCAUUACCUACUUUGCUUUGUAAUCUCUGUAGAAUUUUGUUUGUCAUAUACUUUUUAACUCUUUUGUCCCAUUAUAUCUUUUCAAUAAAGUGACGUGUCCUUUUGGCAAAUUGAUAGCACUUCAGAUUUAGAAGACAUAGGAUAACAUCAUGUUUCUGAUCCUUUAUGCUGAACAAGUAAAAAUUUCAAAAUAACUUGGGUUAAAUAAUUAUCAACUUAAUUGACCCAUGACCUAAUUGGUUAAUUAGGUUUGGGGCUCGGUCAAUUAAUUGGGCUUAUAAGCUAGUGUAUUAGGCCUCGGCGGC